AGUUUGCUCAACACACCGCACCGCAGAGCCCGACCGCGGGUUUGGGUCCGCUGGACGCGCCAUUCUCUCGCGUGACUUCGCUAGCGAUGGCUGUCCGUGACGCUGGCGGUGGCUGCGAUCGCCGUUCGUGAAGUUUAAACCGUCCUAAACGUGUGACUGCUGCUGCUGUGUAAACCAUCGAGUGAUCACUAUUAGCAGUAGGUGAAGGUUGCGUGAAAUCAAACCGGAAGGUCGUGAUCGAGUGAUUGCCGUUGCAUGGAAAUUGAUAUGCUCGCGUAUAUCACCACACAUCAAAGUGACGAUUUAAACGUGCCUUCGAAAUGACAUUUUAAUUGUCAUAGCUUGCUUCAGUGGCUUACUCGGUAACCAUUUAAAAAAAAAACAAAGCAAUCUAUUAAAAAGCAUAGCGACCUAUGCACCAUCCGCAGACCCCAAAGUCUGCCGAAAGUCGUGGUGUGCGUAUGAGUGAAAGAAAAACAAAGCGAUAAAAAGGACGGAAAAGCGCGCGCGAUCAUUAAAAAAAAACCCACCACAAACCGUGGAUAAGAAGAAAGCAAAGCACAAAUACCUGUUUUUGGGAUGCUGCGAUCGCAAAGUGGAUCUGGCCAAAACGGGGAACCGAAAACCCCGGCAGGAUUUGUGGAGUGAAAGCAAGUGACGCAAAGGUAUACAAAAAAAAUAAAUAAAUAAAAAAGCAAACGAAAAUAUUCAAGUGGAAAGGAGUUUUUAAAACAAACAAAUAACAACCACGUGCAGGGAAGUAAAUGGCCAAACAAGUGACGAUGUGAAGUGAAGUGGAUGCGCGCAAAAUUAUUUGGCUUAACUUCGGGGAAGUUUGUUGAGUGCGAAUAAAUAAAAAUCGAAAAAAUUGGUGGCAGCAGUUGACCAAGUCUGGCGAGAAAGUGCAAUGGACCCACUGUCCAACCGCAGCCGAAAGAACAUAUUAUCGCUCAACAGCGAACGGACGGCGACGUCAGUAACCGGUAUGGCGACUCAUCUACAUCCCCUUCGGCAACAUCAGUCCCAACCGCACCAACAGCAGCCACAGAAUCAUCACCUGAAUCAUCAUCUGAACCACCAUCAUCACCUUCAGCAUCGGCUGUCCACUUUGCCGGGGCAAAUUGGGGGUACACAGCAACACCUGCUCGCGGACCAAGUGCCGGGAGGACCACCGCAGCAGCGUCCCGUUUCACCUACGCCCGCCGUGGCCAUCAACCACCACCAGCCGGACGGACAUCAUCUUCAUCAUCAGCAUCACCAGCAUCCACAUCUCCAGCAGCACAUCGAUGGACUGCCGCAAGCCUUUGUGGCCGCCAUGCGCACCCUGUUCGACAUCAUGGACGACCGGAAAACUGGUUUCGUGCGGCUGGCCGACAUCGAGGAGCGCUGGCAGGACGACGGUUCGAAAGGUCUCCCGAGUGGGGUCAUCGACAGCCUGCGAAAGGUGACGCCUCCAAAUGGGUUGCUUUCGUUCGAGCGUUUCUGUGGCGGACUCAAGAUAUGUCUGCUGCGUAAUCAAGCCACCGUCGGUCAUGGCGUUCCAUCUCCUUCCUCGUCGCCAGCCUCCCGAGCUGAUAUCGAACGGGAACUAAAGGGUCCGAUGGGUAAACUGUCCCUUUCGCGUCCACCGUCGGCGCCACUGCUCGACCUGGACACCGGGAGUAGCGCAGGAUCGUCCGGAUCGUUGGGCAACAAACUGCCCUCCCUUGGGACAAGCACGUGGUCGAACGCGGGACCGCUCAACACGGCCACGGUGCGACCGAACAAUGCCAUGCCGGCCCAGAAAACGCUCAGCAUGCCGCAGCUGCUUGGGUCCGAUCCGGAUCUCGAUCUGGAACCACCACCGAUCAUUCUUCCCGGUGCUUUCGGUCCACCGAAACCGCCACGGGUUUCACUCAACCUCGGCGACCGAGGACACCAGCAGCAGCAGCAGCAGCAACAACAACUACAUCAUCACCAUGGUCUUCUUCACCACCAGCUUCCCCCCAGCAGCACCGGCGGAAGUUCCAGCAUCGACAAGGCGGAGAUACGGAACGCGCUGCAAAACUGGCAGAUGUCGCUGCUGAUGGGUGAAGCUGGUGGUGACAAGAGUGGUGGAGAUAAGGGUGGGAUGCGGGCACCACUGGCCCGUGGGUCAGCCGACGGUCAAACGGAUCUAUCCACCUCAUCCCCUUCGCUACAGUCCAUCCAUCAGCUCGACGGAGGUCGCCUCACCGUCGGUGGUGGCCUCUACCAGAAGAAGCAGCCCGGUUCGGCUGGACGAAGAAGGGAACCACGUCGGCACACGCUGCAGAACGGCGUCGACUACAAUAUGCUCAAGCGCCUGAAGCAGAUCGAGCAGGAAAAGGACAUCCUGCUGCAGGGCCUCAGUGCGGUCGAAAAGACACGCGAGUGGUAUCUGAAGCAGCUGGCGGCGGUGCAGGAGAAGAUUCGCUACCUCGGUCGCCCCGGUUCCCACAUGGAAACCUGGACAGAAACGCACCAAGAACGGCUUGAUCUGCAGCGUGCCCGCGUCCUAGAAGUGAACCGCCAUCUGAUGAUGCUGGCCGAAAGCUGGGAACGCGGCGGGUUUCCCAUGCACAUGAAUCUUGCGCUCCGGCCACUUCCGGGCACGCUCGGUGUUGGAUCACCGUAUGCGCCCCAUCAUCCAAUGCAGCGCCCUCAGUCCCAGUCGACACCAAACAUGCCACCACCGGCGGUACCGCCUCCACCGGCAUCCGGAAGUUACCAACCCGCACCACCACAUCACCAUCUUCAACAACAAGCACAACAAUCACAACAGCAGCAGCAACCGGAAAUGGUUAACCAUUUGAAGCAGCAAAAUCAUCAGCUGGUCGAGGAGAUUAAUCAGAAGAACGAAAAGCUGUCCCUGCUGGAGCGGGAAAAGGCGGCACUGAUCCGGGAGCUGCUGCAGGUGCAACGUGCGAACCGGGCGAGCAGCAUGAUAUCGAACACGGAGGAGAUGGUGUUUUAGUUCGACGAUCGAAGAUGUACCGUAGCGUUGGUGGCACGUUAUUUUUUAUUUGUUUGGAAUUAAGCGACCUGGUGCCAUUAGGUUUUGCAACGCGAUUUAAAAGAUUUCCUCCCCAAACGCUAGUCAUGAGACAAAUCGAACAGACCUCAGACAGAGUGUGUAACAGUGAUUUGAAAAUUGUGUGGAUAGCAUGACGAA